AACCCUUCGCCGCUUUUAAAUCCAUCGACCUUAUUCUCCAAUCUUUCUGGAAGGACGAAGUCAGGGUGGACGAUACCAGAAUGGCAAGCUAAAUUAUCAAUAAGAAACCGUUAUAGCUCCUGAGUAGUUUUAAGCUAGGUUCUGUAUUUAUUUAUAGUCAUUAAAAUAUUAGCUACACCUGUGCUCGAGACAUGUAGGCUGGCUAACAUAUCCCAGGCUUUGAAUUGAACUUGCUGGUGAUGAUGCUCGUGGAUCAUGACUGUUCUGGGACUGAUGUUCGGUUGGUUCGUCAGCUCAACAAGGGUAUGAGGAUUCAACCAGGGAUAUGCAGCGGAGGGACCGAGCAGCAACGAGGAUGUAAAACUGGAGACGUCAAUGAAAAUAUUGUUUGUCUGCAAUCUCAGGAUGAAACGGGACGGGUGUGUCCUGGAAGCCCAGCACUAGCGACAGACACGCGGCUAUCCUCCUGUUCCACAGCAGACCGUGAACCAAGCAGUGGCAGUUACAACGUCUCCACUGGAACUGGAACCUUUUACAGCUGCGUCAGUCAGAUCACCAUCGGGUUUGAUCUCGGGGGCCAAGUGGCCAUUGGUAUCUCCCAUUGGAAGAGUCCAUUCCCUCCCAGAGGUCACCCCCUGUGUGACAGUCCUGAUGGGGUUCGCUCCGAGGCCUCCGCCGCCGCGGCUCCGCAACUCCCUGAGUACCCAGAGCCAGUGUCCUGUCCUGCCUCCCUGUCAAUCAACCCUGUAUCAUCCCACUGCAGCGCCAGCCAGGAGACCAUCAGCGACAGCAGCACAAGUGUGAGUUUCUCUCUACAUGGGGCUGAGCUCCAGUGGCAGAGCCCCCACAGACAGAGAGUGCUGCAGCCCCCGGCCCCUGGGUGCGAGGCGGCGGACUCAGCCUUCUCCUUCCCCCCCACCAGGUCGCCAGUCAGAAUGGAGGAGUCCUUGGCUGGGGCUCCGGAUUCCCCCAGCACGCAGGACAACGCGCCACCCCACGUUCUGAAGGAUGUGAAGUUGUUAAUGGAGAGUUUGGAGGGGCUGAGCACCCCGUCCAAAGACGGCGACUCGACCCUGCUCGACCCCGGGACCAGUAGCAUCUUGGACGACAACACUAGGACUGACCCGGCACCAGAGGUAGGGAGAAGUAGGUCCAGUGGGCUGUGCUUCAGUGAUGGCAAGUGCCACAUCGACUACAUCCUGGUUUACAGGAAGUCCGGUCCGCAGUCGGAGAAGAGGGAAAUAUUUGAGCGCAACAUCCGAGCUGAGGGCUUGCAGAUGGAGAAGGAGUUGUCUGUGUGCAACAGUGAUGUGAUCUUCCUGAAGCUGCAUGUUCCCUGGGAGGUGCUAUGUCGCUACGCAGAGCUUAUGAACAUUCGGAUGCCGUUCAGGAGGAAAAUCUAUUACAUGCAUCGACGGUACAAGUUCAUGAGUAGGAUGGAGAAGAGAAUCAACAGAUUUCGAGGAUGGCUGCCUCGCAAACCCAUGAAGUUUGACAACGACACCCUCCCUGACCUGGAGGAGAACGAGAGCUUUACCGCCCCCUUCAGUCGCUCCAGAAUACAUCAUUUCACCAUUCACAACAAAGACACGUUCUUCAACAACGCUACCAGGAGUCGCAUCGUCCAUCAUAUCUUGCAAAGGGUCAAAUAUGAGGAGGGCAAAGACAAAAUGGGGCUGAAUCGUCUUUUGAGCAACAGUUCAUACGAGGCAGCUUUUCCCCUUCAUGAGGGGAGCUACAGAAGUAAGAAUUCCAUCCGGACGCAUGGGGCAGAGAACCACAGACACUUGCUGUAUGAAUGCUGGGCCUGGUGGGGGGUGUGGUACAAGUACCAGCCACUGGACCUCAUAAGGCGGUACUUCGGGGAGAAAAUUGGUCUCUAUUUUGCCUGGCUGGGCUGGUACACUGGGAUGCUGUUCCCUGCGGCGCUGGUUGGGCUCAUGGUCUUCCUCUAUGGCUGGUUCACCCUAGACCACUGCCAGGUCAGUAAAGAAAUCUGCCAAGCCACUGACAUCAUCAUGUGCCCCAUAUGUGACGAGUACUGCCCCUACCUGAGACUCUCAGACAGCUGCAUCUAUGCCAAGGUCACCCAUCUUUUUGACAACGGAGCAACAGUUUUCUUUGCUGUAUUCAUGGCUGUGUGGGCAACCGUGUUUCUCGAGUUCUGGAAGAGGCGGCGAGCGGUCCUUGCAUAUGACUGGGACCUAAUUGACUGGGAGGAAGAGGAGGAGGAAAUCCGUCCCCAGUUUGAGGCCAAAUAUUCCAAAAAGGAGAGGAUGAACCCCAUAUCUGGAAAGCCUGAGCCGUACCAGGCCUUUACAGACAAGUACAGCCGACUCAUUGUCUCAGCUUCUGGAAUCUUCUUUAUGAUCCUGGUGGUGAUCGCUGCCGUCUUCGGCAUUGUGAUUUACCGUGUGAUCACAGUCAGCACUUUUGCCGCCUUUGGCUGGGCUCUUAUCAGGAACAACUCUCAGGUGGCCACCACCGGCACAGCCGUGUGCAUCAACUUCUGCAUCAUCAUGCUCCUCAAUGUGUUGUAUGAAAAAGUCGCCCUUCUGCUCACCAAUUUAGAGCAGCCAAGGACCGAGUCAGAGUGGGAGAACAGCUUCACCCUGAAGAUGUUCCUGUUUCAGUUUGUCAAUCUCAACAGCUCUACCUUCUACAUAGCAUUUUUCCUGGGCAGGUUCACUGGUCGGCCAGGAGCCUAUAUCCGCCUCAUUAACCGCUGGAAACUGGAAGAGUGCCAUCCCAGUGGCUGUUUGAUAGAUCUCUGCAUGCAGAUGGGUAUCAUCAUGGUGCUCAAGCAGACCUGGAACAACUUCAUGGAGCUGGGCUACCCGCUGAUCCAGAACUGGUGGACACGGCGAAGGCUGAGGCAGGAGCACGGCCCCAACGCCAAGGCCAGCUUCCCGCAGUGGGAGAGGGACUACAACCUGCAGCCCAUGAAUGCCUACGGACUGUUUGACGAAUACCUGGAGAUGAUUUUACAGUUUGGCUUCACCACCAUAUUUGUGGCAGCUUUCCCCCUGGCCCCGCUCCUGGCCCUCCUCAACAACAUCAUCGAGAUUCGCCUGGACGCCUACAAGUUUGUCACCCAGUGGCGGCGACCCCUGCCCUCUCAAGCCAAAGACAUAGGGAUCUGGUACGGCAUCCUGGAGGGCAUAGGUAUCCUGUCCGUCAUCACCAACGCCUUUGUCAUCGCCGUCACCUCCGACUUCAUCCCACGCCUUGUCUACGCAUACAAGUACGGCCCGUGUGCCGGGCAGGGCCGAGCCGGGGAGAGGUGCAUGAUGGGAUAUGUGAACGCCAGUCUAUCGAUGUUCAGAGUGUCUGAUUUUGAGAACAAGUCGGAGCCCAGGACAGAUGGAUCGGAGACCUUUGGAGAAGCAGUGAAGUACUGCAGGUACCGUGACUACAGAGAGCCCCCAGACUCGCCCGGUGAACCAUACUCCUACACGCUGCAGUUCUGGCAUGUCCUGGCCGCACGGCUGGCCUUCAUCAUAGUCUUCGAGCACAUGGUUUUCACCAUCAAGAACCUGAUCGCCUACCUGAUCCCAGACCUGCCCAAGGACCUACGGGACCGCAUGCGGCGGGAGAAGUACCUGAUCCAGGAGAUGAUGUACGAGGCUGAGCUAGAGAGACUGCAGAAGGAGAAGAAUGAGAAGAAGAAGAAUUACAGGGCCAAUCAUAACGCGUUGCCCUGAAUGCACAAACAGGUCAUACUGGUGCUGUGUGGGGGAAUGACAGAGAACUGGCUGCAUGCAUGCCAGGGACUGUCCUGCCUGUCUGUGUCUCCAACUGGACCAGGUGAGCACCCCCAAGAGGACCGUCCAACAAACUGCAUUCAGCAUACUCCUCGCCAUGGUGUUCAAACGUACUGUAUGUCAUUCUGAUGCCGAGAGGCCAGUGGGUGAGGGAAAAAGAGGACAUACAUUGGAACAUUUGACAAUGGGGUUUGCUACUUUUUUCCAUAUUUCUCCUUCCACUUUGGACUCACAACUGUACAUUUCUUCAAAACCUGAAUGUAGAUUUCAAAGAAAAGAGACACACAAAAAAACAUUUGCAUUUCUAUUGUCACAACUUUAAAAAAGAUUCUGUCAUCCGUGCGGUUGAAUGACAAACCCUGUUUAUGACAAACCCUGUUUACAAUCCUAGCCUUUUUAUUUUGAGGACAAAACUCAUGAGAAAUCAUGAUUAAUUGCUUUCACAAGGUUGUGGACCUUCAGCGAUGUUCUCUGCUUACAUUGUGUGCUGCAAUAAGAUGUUAUUUUGAAACAAUGUUCCAUCAGAUCUGUGGUAGUGGACGCAGACUGCUCAAACAUCAGAUGCCUUCCUUUACAAUGGAUACUAAUAACAAGAGUAAUAAAGAUUCAUAUUUAUUACAAA